AUGGAAGCCAGCCUGGGCGCCGCUGGCCACAGGCCCCGCACAGAGCUCGACGAUGAGGACUACUACCCCCAGGGUGGCUGGGACAUGGUCUUUCUGGUGGCCCUGCUGCUCCUGGGGCUGCCAGCCAAUGGGCUGAUGGCGUGGCUGGCCGGGUCCCAGGCCCGGCACGGAGCGGGCACACGCCUUGCCCUGCUCCUGCUCAGCUUGGCCCUCUCCGACUUUUUGUUCCUGGUGGCGGCAGCCUUCCAGAUCUUGGAGAUCCAGCAUGGAGGACACUGGCCACUGGGGACGGCCGCCUGCCGCUUGUACUACUUCCUGUGGGGUGUGUCCUACUCCUCCGGCCUCUUCCUGCUGGCGGCCCUCAGCCUGGACCGCUGCCUGCUGGCACUGUGCCCCCGCGGGUACCUGGGGCGCCGCCCCGCCCGCCUGCCCCUCUGGGUCUGCGCCGGGGUCUGGGUACUGGCCACACUCUUCAGCGUGCCCUGGCUGGUUUUCCCCGAGGCCGCCGUCUGGUGGGACGACUUGGUCAUCUGCCUGGACUUCUGGGACAGCGAGGAGCUGCCGCUGCGGAUGCUCGAAAUCCUGGGGGGCUUCCUGCCGUUCUUCCUGCUACUCGUCUGCCACGCGCUCACCCAGGCCGCCGCCUGCCGCACCUGCCGCCACCAGCCGUUCAGGCCCACGGCCCGCCGUGGCUUCGCCCGCGUGGCCAAGACCAUCCUGUCGGCCUACGUGGUCCUGCGGCUGCCCUACCAGCUGGCGCAGCUGCUGUACCUGGCCUUCCUGUGGGAUAUCUACCCCGGCUACCUGCUGUGGGAGGCCCUGGUCUACUCCGACUACCUGAUCCUGCUCAACAGCUGCCUCAGCCCCUUCCUCUGCCUCCUGGCCAGUGCCGACCUCCGGGCCCUGCUGCACUCGGUGCUGUCCUCCUUCGCUGCUGCUGUCUGCGAGGAACAGCCCAGAAGCAUCACGCCCGCCGAGCCGCAGACCCAAGUGGAUUCUGUGGGCCAGACUCUGCCAAGGUUAACAUCUGUGGCCCAGCCACCGGUGAACCCCACAGCCCAGCCACAGUCAGAUUCCGUGGCCCAACAACAGUCAGAUUCCAUGGCCCAGCCACCGGUGAACCCCACGGCCCAGCCACAGUUGGAUUCCGUGGCCCAGCCACCGGUGAACCCCACGGCCCAGCCACAGUUGGAUUCCAUGGCCCAACCACAGUCAGAUUCCGUGGCCCAGCCACCGGUAAACCCCAUGGCCCAACCACAGUCGGAUUCCGUGGCCCAACCACCAAUGAACCCCACGGCCCUGCCACAGUCAAAUUCUGAGACCCAGAACCCUGGACCCAGUGCCAGCUCAGCCCCCAGCCCCUCUGAUGAGCCCUCUGCUGCCCCAUCCACAGAUCCCACCCCAGGGGCCCCUGAGAACACAGCCACGCCUGCUUCCUCUGAGGGAGAAAGCCCCAGCAGUGCCCCUCCAGAGGAGGCCCCCAGUGCAGGCCCCACAUGAGGGCCCAGGAAAGCCCAGGCCCACCGGGGCAGUGGAAGAGCCU